GUAAAUACACAAAUAUGUAGUUUUGUGUACAUUACAGUACAGUGCCACUUGUGUAUCCAACGCAAACUUCAUGCACACAUUCGUCUGGUGUUCAGAUACCCGUCACAACUCUACAAAGUAGCAACUUGUACACUCCACAACAACGUGUAUCAACAAAUAUUCGACAUUUUGUCAACACGCAAGAAUUAGAAACAAUUACAACAUAAAUUAUCAAACAAAUAUCGCUAUUACAACGAUGGACAUAUUUGUUUUCCAGGAAUAGUGUGAAAGUGUUAUAAAUAAAAAUACAAAGCAAGUUUAAUCCGAUUAAGUGUUAACCUCUGGACAUAACAAGAAAUUGCAGAGGAUUACAGCACUUAAAAGUGAAUAGAUGUACAGAAAUGCAUUAGUGAGGAUAUUAGCAGGUAUAUUUUAAAGCUCUACCACUUCCAGCGUUGUUUUCGGGAUUAGGGCACUAUACAAAAUGGCGCCACAUUGCUUUAUAACUCCGGGUUCGUGUUUAUGUAAUUUAUUUGUGCACAAGUUCAACAGUGGCGAAACACGUCACAAAAUCGACUCCAGACGCGCUUAAGUUAAGUAAAAAGUGUACAAAACCACAAAGUCUCAAGUGUGCUUACGAUAAGUUAAGUCAUCACUGCCAUUAUUGAUUGUACGUGUUGAUAAAACCGAUAGACACAUCCAUGGAUAUCUCAGAGGAAAGCGUCACUUCAUCGGCGGAAGAUGCGUACGACGUGUUUAAUAUCAAAAACAUUCCAUCGUUGCUUUCCUCGUAUGAUGAGAGCAUUAACGAGGCAUCACAAGGGUUGACAAUGACAUCCCUAGGUGCGUUUGUUUUUCUAAGUCAGAAUGAAUCAAAAGUAAGUUUCGGUUUCGAACCAACUGAACCUGAACCGGAAGAGGAGGUAGAAAGACUUUCUUUGGCUUAUGAACGUCUUCAUUGUAUGCCAAAGGUUUUACUUUAUGACUUGGCGCCAAAGAUUAAAAUUUUAGAUAUCAGCCAUAAUGAAUUCGAAAAUUUGGAGUUUCUCAAAAAUUUCAAACAACUCACAAAUUUAAUCUGUGACCGUAAUUAUAUUAACUCAUCAACAAGAUUACCAUACAUGCCGAAGUUAGAACUGCUUUGGUUAAAUCAUUGCAAAAUCUACGAAUUGUAUCCGUGGAUUAAAUGUUUACAAGAAUCCUGCCCGAAUCUUAAGUAUCUCUCAUUGAUGGGCAAUCGUGGAGUGCCAUCUGUUUUGCAAAACAAUUUUUGCGAAUAUUUACAAUACAGAUUAUAUGUUAUUAGUUUGUUUCCAAACUUGAUACACUUAGAUGACCAGGCAGUAACAGCUGAACAACAUUUAGAAGCUGCCAAACUGAACAAAAAAACUAUUUUAGAACGACUUUGUGCCAAUAACAAAAUCCCAGCUUAUUUACGAACAAUGACUGAGUUGUUUUCUUCGUCUGGAUCAAGCUCAACAUCUCCACCGCCAAUGGGAAGCUUCCCGAAUCAGAAACCCAAAAACGCGGUUAUAUAAAACAUUCUUUUAAAACUAUGACAGUUUAAUGACAUUUAGAUUUAAGUUUUACAACCACAACUCGACUUACAUUUAAUAUUCUCUUAAUUAUUACAUAUUUAUAUAUUUUUUACUUAAAUUAAACUAAAAUUACAAUAAAAUAAUUUGAAAAUUUA